GUCAGCAGGACUCAGCACCCACCCCUCCUCUCUCUCUCUCUCUCUCUCGUUCGCACGCAGAUCUCUCUCUGGCUUUUUCCUUCUGUGUGGGUUUGUGUGUGAAAACCGUUGACCUCCACAAAUCACACCAUCACCACCACCCUCUCCAAAACCCAACACAAUGCCCCCAUCCCCUCUCUCCUCCCUCCUCCUCCUCCUCCUCUCUCCCACCACUUCUACUUCCACCCCCACCCGCCGCCGUUCCCUCCAACAAUCCUUCUUCCCACAAGCCUCCUCCCCCUCACCGACCCCCCCCCCCCCCUCCCCCCCCACCCCCCCUUCUACCCCCAACCAACCCCCCUUUUUCCCUUCCAUACCCUCCCCACCUCCACCUCCCCCACCGCCGCCUCCUCCCUCGGCCACCUCCGUCCCCGACAACCUCUCCUCCGUCCCCCACUCACCCAAACCCACCACCUCUCUCGCCUCCAUCCUCUUCCUCACCGCCUCCGCCGCCGUCCUCCUCGCCGCCGUCGCCCUCUUCCUCUACCUCCGCCGCAGGCGCCACCGCAACUUCAACGACGCCAAAACCAGCACCACCAGGUCGGAUUACAGCCUCAGGGUUUUUUCCCGGCCCAGCGGUCCUCCGAGGCGCGUCGGAAGGUCGCCGCCGACUUCCUCGGAGUUUCUCCUCCUCGGCACCAUCGUCGACUCUCGCUGCGGCGUCAACCCUCUCCUUGCCCCGGCCGAGAGCUCUAGGAAACCCGACUCGCCGGAGCUCCGCCCCCUGCCGCCGCUCGGCCACCGGAAAAAUCGCCCGAAUGCCGAAGAAGACGUGUUUUUCUCGCCGGGAGAGUUUUCCGGCGCCCGCGAGAGCUCGAACGGAACUAGAUCGGCGGCGGCGGCGGAGAAUCUUGAAGGAAGUAGCAGCGAGUCAAGUUCUUCUACGUCGUCGUAUUCCACUCGGUCGGUGUCUUUGAGCACUUCUCCACCGGUAAGUUUGAGUCCUAUAAGCUCAAGACCCAAAUCGCCCGAAUUAACGGCGGUGCAGACCGCUCCGCCGCCGCCGCCGCCGCAACAACAACCUGUUACGACCCAAUUGGCUAACCUGCGUAGAGAUUUAGAGGAGAGCCUAGAUUCGUCCCCACGAACGUCGAAUGCUUCUUUCAGUAAUGCAGAACAGUCCCCGGUGAGAGUUUACAAUGUUGUUUGGAGUCGGUUAGGUAGUAGUAGUCGUGGUAAGAAUACUCCAUCAGAUUCCUCUUCGUCGAAUCUGAUGGAGAAUACAGAGUUAGUUAGCAAUGCUGGAAGUUCGAAUCAAAACCCAGAGUCAUUACAAUUUGUAUCUAACCCGAUAUACCAGCAUAUGGAAUCUUCGGCGAGACUCGAAAAUUCAAUUCAGAAGCCUGUGCCGGUAUCUGUUGCGCCACGGCCGCCGCCACCACCACCGCGGCCCCCUCUGCUGCCGGGAGGUGGCAGGGAAAGAUUAGUUUCUAGUUCAGCGAUUAGUCAGCCGAUUUUGAAACCACCGGGUCUAAUUACACCUUUGAAACCACCUUUGGUUUCUCCAAUCGAAUUGCCUGCUAAUUCUAAAAGUGUGGGGAAGAAUGAGGAGACUCAGAAACCCAAGUUGAAGCCGCUGCACUGGGACAAAGUGAGAGCGAGUUCUGGUUGCAAGACAGUGUGGGAUCAACUGAAUUCGAGCUCUUUUAGAUUGAACGAGGAGAUGAUCGAGUCAUUGUUCGUUGUAGAUGCUCCAAAAUCGAAUUCGAAGGAAUCAACUGGACGUCCAGUUCUUCCCUCACCAAACCAGGAGAGUAGGGUGCUUGAUCCGAAGAAGGCCCAAAACAUUGCAAUUUCUCUGAGGGCACUAAAUGUAACUACUGACCAAGUUUGUGAAGCCCUUUCAGAAGGCAUUGAUGCUCUUGGGACUGAGCUUCUUGAAAGUUUGUUGAAGAUGGCUCCUACUAAGGAUGAAGAACGUAGACUGAAAGAGCACAAAGAUGACUCACCAUUCAAACUUGGGCCUGCCGAGAGAUUUCUUAAGGCCAUGCUUGAUAUACCUUUUGCAUUUAAAAAAGUGGAUGCAAUGCUCUACAGAGCUAAUUUUGAAUCUGAUGUUGCGUACCUCAGAAAGUCAUUUGAAAUUCUUGAGGCAGCCUGUGAAGAAUUAAGGAACAGCAGGAUGUUUCUGAAGCUUCUAGAAGCUGUUCUGAAGACCGGAAACCGGAUGAACAAGGGGACAAAGCGCGGCGAUGCCCAUGCCUUCAAGCUUGACACACUUCUGAGGCUUGUUGACGUCAAGGGUGCCGAUGGCAAAACCACUCUCUUGCAUUUUGUCGUGCAGGAAAUGAUAAGAACCGAGGGGGGCCACUUUUCAGGUGGAAACCAAUACCCUAACACCACUAUAGAUGCUGACGCCAAGUGUAGGAAGGUCGGCCUCAAAGUCGUUUCCAGUCUCAGCUCAGAGCUAAGAAACGUGAAGAAAGCUGCUGCCAUGGAUUCAGACAUGCUUAUUGGCGACGUAGCGAAGCUUUCCAAAGGAAUUGAGAAUAUCCAAGAAAUCGCUCGAUUAGAGGGAGAAAGGGGGUUAAACAAGAGCAUCGGAAAGUUCUCAGAGUCAAUGAAAAGGUUUACAAGAACAGCAGAGGAUCAGAUUUUUAGGGUUCAAGCGCUAAAGAACGUUGCUCUUUCGCUAGUGAAGGAGAUAACUGAAUUCUUCCACGGAUGCUCGGCCAAGGAAGAAGCGCACCCAUUUAGAAUCUUCACGGUGGUGAGGGAUUUUUUAACGAUUCUUGAUCGGGUUUGCAGUGAAGUUGGAAUGAUCAAUGAGCGGACUGUUAUCAGUUCUACGCAUAAGUUCCCUCUUCCGGUGAACCCAUUGUUGCAGCCGGUAAAUAGCGGAUUCCCAAGAAGGCGGAAUUACAGUUCUUUCGAUGAUGAUGAUAAUGAUGAAGGCUCAUCUUCUUAGCCAAUUUAUUUAAGCGUAACCCAUUGUUUGGCCUGAGGAUAGAAGCUUUGUAUAUGCAGCUUUGCAGUUGUGGAGGCAUUUUGUAUUGAAUACGCACGUGUACGUUAACCAAAGAAAGGAAUACGUACUUGUACAUAGUGACGUAACAGAUCUUUGAUAACAAUCUCUUUGUCUGCAUCUCCUUUUAUGACAAAUGCAAUAUCGAGUGUUCACUUUUGUAUCACAAAA